CGUGUCUGUUACUUGUACCUGGCCAACUUGUCUCUUUUAGUUGUCUUGCUUCAACUCGUAUCCAAAUAUAGCGCGAUACGAUAAGGCCAUACCAAGCUUCGACCCCGGCCAGCUGCCGCGUUCCUGCCCCACUUGAACCGCUGGACCCUGGAUCACGGCCUGGCAAACGUCAUCGCAGUCACGACAGCUUACGCGCUCGCGGGCCUUUGUUUGGCCGUGAGGCUGCGACGGCCACCCGCCUCAGCCUUGGGCUGUACCCAUAGCAGCUGUGCCUCCUACGUCUCUACCGUCUUCCUCUCACGCGUCAUUCACCCCCGCCACCUUCCAGGCUGAACGCUGAGAGCUGCGCAUGUCCCUGCAGAACCCGUAACAACACCUUUUACACCACGAAUAACGGUCUAGCACUCGAUCACUCCGUACUCACCAUGUCAAAUCCGCCCACCAUGUCUCCACCCAUUCUCACCGCGACCGGCUUCUCACCUCCUCCGCCGGGCGCCGACCCCAUCUCGCCCAUCUCACGAAGCGGCACCUUCCCUCACAAGACUAGCCCAGCAGUCGUCACACAAACGCCGCUCAUCGACACGAACACACCUGCGAUAAAUGACGCGCCCGUCGAGUUGGACGGAGGCGAAGUGACCCCGGAGGAACUGAGGAGACGAACGACAGAGGAGGCAAGUGGAGUCAGGGGCUCUAUGCGGUCACCGGAUGAAGAGGGCAUCGAUGCCGAAUUUCUCGGCGAGGGAGAAAAUCUGGGCAGGGAUGCUAGGGAGAAACGCGCAGCCAUGCUAGCCUCGCGCUCGAAAGAUCCAAGCGUCAUAGUUGAUGUACCGAAAGAGCCUACGGCUGAGGAGGUCGAAGCUGCGAGGAAGGCAGAUGCGUUGCUGCCCCCAGGCAUGAGGGGGAAGAUACCCGAGGCUUAAGGAGGAGCUUUUGUAUGUGGUGCGCGUUAUCGUGUACACGAUGCAGGGAGGGAUGUAUUAUGUAUGACGACGUGCUGGGAGUACGGGCGACGAUAGAUGGGAUUUGCCUGAACGAUAUGACAUCUAGAUUCAAACUCAUAACUGCACCUAGAGUGAAGAGCUGCUAGAUUCCAUUAGUCUUACCCACAUUUCGUUAGGCCUUCGCGCUCGAUAUUCCUGUCGGACACACCAUGACGCACCGUUGCAGCCGCU